UAUUUCUUGUUGAUUGCUGUUUUAUCGUGUCUGUUCGGGUACUUGAGCAAAACUCACGCUAUUCAAAGACGAACCACAGUGGACGGUUUCUGUCCGGCGAGGCUGACGGUCGUGCCGUCCCAUCGAGGAUGUUCUUCUGAUAAAGACUGCCCUGGAGGACACAAAUGCUGUCGAUUUGACACUGGGCCUGUUUGCGUGCUGCCUGUUUUCAUGAAGCCGGGUCAAUGUCCCAUACCGGAGAUGAUUCCACCGUGUGCUAAAAGCUGUUUCCAUGAUGGCCAGUGUCCUGCCACACAGAAAUGUUGCCCAACCAUGGGUGGCUUUGCAUGCAGUGAACCACGUGGUCCGGGAAGCGGCCAGGGGCCAGUGAAGCGGCCAGGGGCCAGGGCCAGUGAAGCGGCCGUGGCCAGGGCCAGGGAAGCGGUGAAGGGAGUGGUCGGGGAUGUGGUAAAGGAAAUGUUCUGCAACAUGGUCAUUGAAAUGGUCAUGGGAAUUUUGCAUUACACUUACUGGAGAUCUUUUCAAUCCAGUGCUUUAUUCAUAUGGCAUGUUUGCUAAACUGUUUGAGCAAACAUGCCAUAUGAAUAAAGCACUGGAUUGAAAAGAUCUCCAGUAAGUG